AUGGGAUGCCUUCAGGACGUUGUGCGCAAAUAUCCGGCGAAAUCCUACGAGCCCUCCUGGAUUAGGCCGCGAAGAUGCAUUUGGUUGCACACAUUCGCGGUGAUUUCCGCUGCCGUACUGGGGCUUGAUUUCAUCGGUGGCGCAUCUGCAGCUGGAAUAUGUAUGAUCUCUCCCAUUCCUCGCCCUUUUGCAUCUUCGCUAAUGCAGUAUAUUAGCGUGCUCACAGGAGAAGUACCUCCUUACCACGCAAGCCGAGCUUGACGAACUGAGCCGUUGCGUUAAUGUGACCGGUUCCAUCGUUUUCGAAAACUCCACCUUGUCGAGCAUCGCCUUGAAUGGCCUCCAAAAAGUGGAUGGUAGCCUCAAGAUACAGGCGAGCCCUGCCCUGAAAGAAAUAUCAGCGCCUGAUUUAUACUGGAUCAAUAAUAAUUUCACCCUCUCGGACCUUCCACUACUCUCGAACUUAUCGCUUCCUGGCUUGGGAACUGUGGUCGAGGGACUGCAAUGGAUUGAUUUGCCCAGCCUGGUGCGACCUACCCCCAGAACACACCAGCAGGAUCCAUUUGGACAUACAGGCACGGAGAUCUAUGGGGGUAUAACAGUAUCCAACACUGGAAUUGAAAGCCUGGACUUCUUCCAUUUCGCAACGCUUGCUAAAGCGGAUAAUAUCCGGAUUUCUGAUAAUAUCAACAUGAAUAAAGUCAACUUUUCCAGUCUUGAAAAGACUUAUUCCCUUACCAUUCGAAACAAUGGACCGGCGGUACAGGUCGUACUACCCGCUCUUACAAGAGUCGACGGUGGAUUGCAAUUGUCUAAUGUCGCCUCGGCCGACAUUGGGAAACUGUCACGUAUAGAUGGAGGGUUGAAAUUGGACGGGAAUUCUUUCAGGAAUUUCUCAGCGCCAGCGUUCACCAAACUCGGGGGAAAUAUGCAGGUUCUCAAUAAUCCUUCAUUGGAGUCUAUUGAUCUGCCUUUACUCAAAGGGAUCGGAGGGGGUCUUGAGAAUGGCACCUUUACUGUUUCCAACAAUUCAGCACUCCAUUCUCUUUCCUUGCCGAAUCUUGAGGACGUUGAUGGAAAUGUUACCCUGCAGGGGUUCUUUUCUAGGUAAAUUUUCCCGCCAAAUUGUUUGAAGGCGUAUCUAACCAACAUCUAGUAUAUCACUUCCCCUAUUACAGGACUUUUCUUCAGGAUUUCAUGUCAACACCACUCUCCCACCCGAUGCUUCAAUUCAGAACUUCAACUGUUCCCCAUUUGACAGAAUUUUCUAUUCAUCCAACUUCGCUCACGAUCUAACUUUGUAUUCCUGCUACGGCUAUGCCCAUGGAGGAACACUUGACACGGCCACCCACGAGACGCCAGAAGAAGACGACGACUCGUCUGACCUUCCACAUGGCGCCCUGUCAAUCAUCACCAUUAUUGUUGUGGUGACAGCACUUCUCGUGACUGGAGGAUUGCUCCGGCACUUCAGAUUAAAAGCCAUGACACAGCAAGAACAGGUUCCACCUGUGGUAUUGAGGGGGCUGAGUGUAUCACGUCGACAUUCUGAGGAUGAAGACGGGCCUGAUGGAUUGCCGCGAUAUUCUAGAUAUGGGAAACCAGGCGAGGUUCCACCUGCAUACAAACUGAGGUCAAACUCGAACCCACCACCUCCGAGCCCGUUAGCUCGGGUUCAGAUGCCACAACAAGUUCCUCCUGUUUCUGACACGCAGAAUGGGCCGGCUGUGACUUGGGGCCGACUUAGACAAUUCCUUUUUGCGGGCAGGGGUAAUGGUUCGAGUGGCGGGGCUGCACCUUCAUCGUCAUAAUCUAGCAUUUUAAGCCAUAGAAUAAUAAUAUGUAUUUGAAC